UUGUCGAGGGUGGGCGAGGCGAGCCAAAGACGCGGCUUGCUGCCGGGGAAACCGAGUGGUGGGUACGCGAAUUGUGCCGGUGGACUGUGAAACUCCCGCCAUUUCGACAAGGAAUUAACCUUUUGAUUGCACCGGGUAGCUUUCACCAACUGCAUACCUCGUGGGUUGUCACAGCGAGAAGUGACAGUUUUGAUGUAACAACAACAACAACAACAACAACAAUUAAUUGAUCACGAAAGAGUAGACCUACUUUUACAGCACUUGGAUUACACGGCGCGCCAGACCUCUCGGUUAUUCAAGAAAUCAAGCCGGACAUAAUCUUACUAACAGAGAGUGUAUAUAACCAACUAAUAGUCACUCCAAAAGGACAAGAGGAUGUGAUGAAGCAAGUGGUGAGAAGAGCUCUGUUAUUGUUUUGCAACGAGAUAGCAAUCCAGCCUGCUAACCGACGAGCUAACUAGCAGCUACACGUUGAGCCUGCUGCCGGUAACGUGAGCCGUGUUAUCAUCUGACGUCUGUGUGCUGGACUUUUGGAUAAAUGUGUGGAUCAUCUAACCGCACCCUACUGAAUUAGAUUGUUAAAUAAAUUGACUUGGACGUUGGUGGCCGUGUCAUCUUUGGAUGUACGAUGGCGCCGCUAUUGGGCCGGAAACCUUACCCGCUAGUGAAACCGCUAGCAGAGCCACCAGGCCCGGGAGAAGAGGUCUACAUUAUCGAGCACAGCAAGGAGGCCUUCAGGAACAAAGAGGAAUAUGAAGCACGUCUAGAGCGGUAUAAUGAGCGCAUCUGGACUUGCAAAAGCACGGGAAGCUCUCAGUUAACACACAAAGAAGCAUGGGAGGAGGAGCAGGAGGUCACUGAACUGCUGCAGGAAGAAUAUAACAGUUGGUUUGAGAAACCAAUCUUGGAGAUGGUCCACCACAACACUGUGUCUUUAGACAAGUUGGUUGAAAUGGCAUGGAUGGAAAUACUAACCAAGUAUGCUGUUGGCGAAGAGUGUGACUUCCUGGUGGGAAAAGACAAAACUUUGAGAGUGAACAUAAUCAAGAUUCACCCUUUAGAGAAUCCAGAAGGGGAAAUGGGUGAUAAAAAGCUUGAGGGCGCCUGUGAUUCUCCAUCAAGUGACAAAGAGAAUGCCAGUCAGGAGAAUCAGAGGAAAGAGCCUUCUUCACGAGAAGAGGAGAUUCGGAGGGAGAGCCUGAGUGAUAGGGCUCGCAGGUCACCAAGAAAAGUUCAAACUACAGUCAAAGAAGAAAAGAAGAGAUGGGUAAUGCCCAAAUUUCUUCCUCACAAAUAUGACGUGAAGUUAAUCAACGAGGACAAGGUGAUCAGUGAUGUUCCAGCCGACAGUCUUUUUAGAAGCGAGCGCCCACCAACCAAAGAGAUAAUCCGCUAUUUCAUUAGGCAUCAUUCUCUGAGGUUGGGCACAAGUGACAGUGCCCCCUGGGUUGUUGAGGAUGAAUUGGUGAAAAAAUUUAACCUGCCAAGUAAAUUUAGUGACUUUCUUCUUGAUCCACAAAAGUUCUUAGCAGAGAAUUCAUCUGCAAAGAGAAAAAGCUUGUCAUCGCCAGAAGGAAAGCCAAACAAAAAGUUGAAAACUCCCACUAAACCUGGAGAAAAUUCAGCAAAUGAGAAGAAAAAGAAAAAAACUCCCCUCAGCCCCACUAUUCUGGGCCACAUGCAGAAAAUUAAAGUGAAUGGCUCUCCUCUGAAGGUUAAAAACUCAGGUACUCCUAAAAAAGAUGGCAAAGGUUCAACUCCUUCUACUCCAAAAUCAGGGAAAAAAUCUGAAAAGAAAGAUGGGAAGAAAUCUGGAAAGAAUGUCCUUAAAGUGUCCAAGAAGGAUGGUAAAGCAGGACCAAAAACACCAAAGAUGAAGCAAAUGACACUGCUGCAUCUUGCCAAAAGUAAACCGGCCGGAAGUCCAAAGAAAAGACCUCGAAGCUCUGUCACUGCAAGUCCCAAACUUGGCAGGCCUUUACACCCAGUGGCUCUUCGUCUUGUGAGAUAUUAUAAGGAACACAAGGGUAAAGAGGACAAAAAACACUUUCUUUCUACACUCAUUUCUAUGGCUGCCAAAACAUUGUCAGAAGAUGAACGCAAUCGUCUGCCCGAGGAGGUUAAGGCUUUGGUGCAGAAACGUUGGGAUCUAUUGGAGCAAAAGAGACGCUGGGCAGCCAUGACAGAUGAGGAGAAGAAGGAAGAAACAAAGAGGAGACGACAAGAACUUAAUGAGAAGAUGCGAGAGAAAGCCAAAGAGAGGCGCGAGAAAGAAUCCCGUAGAUUUGAGGACCAAGAGAUCACAGAUGGCAAGACGCUUCCUGUAUUUAAACUUGUAGACAUGCCAGAAGGAUUGCCAAAUGCUCUCUUUGGUGAGAUUGCGAUGGUUGUGGACUUUCUCAGUUGUUAUGCAGGGCUUCUAAUGCCGGAUGACCAGUAUCCUAUAACUGCUGUAGCCCUGAUGGAAGCUCUGGCAGGGGAUACUCUGGGAUUUCUUUACCUGAAUCGUGUGUUGGUAGCUCUUCUGCAGACUCUUCUUCAGGACGAACUGGCAGAAGGCUACAGCGAGCUGGAUAUGCCAUUGUCAGAAAUCCCCCUCACCAUGCACUCUGCAUCAGAACUGGCCCGAUUGUGCCUACGGCCCUCUGAUACUCACGGAGAGGAGAGCAACCAGGGUUCUGAGGACUCUGCCACUGUGUCGGGCUACGAUGAUGUGGUGAGCAGUGAGUUCUUAGAAAAGCUUGAGACGGUGGAAGUGUUUGAACUCAGCCCAGAGGAGAAAGUCAACCUUCUUGUAGGACUAUGUCACCGCAUUCUUAUGACCUACUCAGUAGAGGACCAUGUAGAUUCAAUGCAGCAACGAGCAGCAGAAUUGUGGAAGGAACGCCUGGCAAUGCUCAAACAGGUCAACGAUCAAAAGAAAGCUGAGAAGCAAAAGCGCAAGGAGUUGGAUGAUAAAGGUAAAGAAGAUGGGGGGGCAGGAAAAACUGACAAGAAAAAAGAAGGUGUUGCCAAGACUGACCGCAAAAGUGAUGUAAAAGCAGAGCCUCAACCAGAGGACCUGAUCAGUUUAGUGAAGAGCAGGCGGCUGAUGGCUGCACAGGCCAAGAAGGAAAAGGAAGAAAUGGAUCGUCAGAACAAAGAGCGGAUGGAGAAGGAAGCAGAAGAGGAACGGGUACGGAAACAAAGGGCUUCAGUGGAGAAGUCCUUCCAGGAAGGCAUCACCAAAGCCAAACUUGUAUUACGUAGAACACCUCUUGGUACAGACAGAAAUCACAACAGAUACUGGCUGUUCUCUGAUGUGGUACCUGGUCUUUACAUUGAAAAGGGUUGGGUGAACGAUAGCAUUGACUACAGCUUCACCCCUCCCCCUGAAGAAAAAAACCCAGCAGAGUCUGAAACAGAAGGCAAGGAUGAUACUGGCUCUGAUCAACCCAAGGAUUCACAAGCAGAUGAAAAGGAUGAUAGCAGCAUAGAUGGUGCUGUUACUGAAACAGGCCUGCAAGGGGCAGCACCUGCUGCUGAAGUCUGUUUGGAAACGACCUUUCCAAAGCAAGGGCAAAACCUAUGGUUUAUAUGUGACAACCCUGCUGAACUUGAGGAGCUGGUGGAGUCUCUUCAUCCUCAAGGUGUAAGGGAGAGUGCACUGAAAGCGAAGAUACAAAAGAGUUACCAGGAUAUCCUCCACUCCAUCUAUCUGACCCGCAAGGGAAAGACUGGCCUCCGAAGCUGUGAUGGCCAUGAAGAAUUGCUCAAGUACCUACGCAGUGACAUCCUGGAGGUAGCUUCGCGACUUCAGAAGGGAGGCCUUGGAUACAUGGAAGAUAAUGUUGAUAUUGAAGAACAGUUGCAAAAGAUAGAACAACUCAAAGACUUUGGAGAGCUGAUCAUUACUAUUCAGUCAUGUGUCAUCAAGAAGUUCCUCCAGGGUUUCAUGGCCCCCAAACAGAAGAAGAAGAAAAAGCAAGAUACUGAAGAAAACAGUAGUAAGGUGGAAGAAGUAAAUGAGGAGAAGAAACUGGCUGAGGAAGCGAGGGUGGCAUCUGCUGUUGAAAAAUGGAAAACUGCAAUCCGAGAGUCUCAGACCUUCUCCAGGAUGCAUGUGCUGUUGGGAAUGUUGGAUUCUUGCAUCAAGUGGGACAUGUCGGCUGAGAACGCCCGCUGUAAAGUCUGCCGCAGGAAAGGUGAUGAUGAGAAACUCAUUCUCUGUGAUGAGUGCAACAAGGCCUUCCAUCUAUUUUGCUUGCGACCAGCGCUAUAUCGUAUUCCUGUGGGUGAGUGGCUGUGUCCAGCUUGCCAACCCACAGUGGCUCCCAGACGUGGCUCCCGCUCGAGAAACUAUAAUGAGGAUGGAGAGGAUGAUGAAGAUGAGGAAGAGUCUGAAGAGGAUGACUCUGAGGAGGAAGAGGAUGACUCUGACAAUGACUACAAGGCCAUGGGCCACAGCUUACGACCAAGGAAGAAAACUAAACAGUCCUCAUCUCGAUCUAAAAGUUCAAAAAGUAAGCCUAAGAAGUCAAAUAGUGUCAAGAAAAAAUCAGGUCCAUCCAGUCCUGCAGAUAUUGAUGAAUUGGUUCGUCAAAGUUCUCAAACCGGAGCACGCAGGCAACGACUGGAGUUGGAGAAAUGUGAGGAAAUCCUCAAGAAGCUGGCAAAGUUCCGAUACAGCUGGCCUUUCAGAGAGCCUGUGUCGGCAGAAGAGGCUGAGGACUACCUGGACAUCAUCUCCCAGCCCAUGGAUUUUCAAACAAUGUUUGGAAAAUUCAGUGACGGUACAUACCACAACACACAGGAGUUUGUGGAGGAUGUGAAACUAGUGUUCUCCAAUGCUGAGGAGUACAAUCAACAGGGCAGCACAGUGCUCUGCUGCCUGGCCAAAACAGAGCAGGCCUUCACUGAGCUCCUCCAGAAGCUGCUGCCUGGCAUCAACUACCUCCGCAGGCGCUCUCGCAAGCGGGUCACCAAAGCUCCAGAGACGUCUGAUGAGGAGGAAGAAGAAGAGGAGGAGGAGGAGGAGGAUGAUGAGGAAGAAGAAGAGCCCCCACGAAAGAAGAUGCAAAAUGGAAAGGCCAAUGGGAAGAGGAGCCGAGGCAGGAAGCGUGAGGAGAUUGAAAGUGAGGAGGAUGAGGACGACGACACUAGUAAGAGGAGGAGUGCACGGAACUCUGGGAAGAAGCGGUACAAAGAGCAGGACAGUGAUGACGAGCGGGACUCCCGUAGAACUCGUAAAAGGGCAACUCGUGUGGAUGCCAGCAGUGAUGAGGAGCGACCCAACCAGCGACAUUCCAAGAGGCUCAGGCGCUAAAUUUCAGGGUGAUGUUUUUGUUUUCUUGCUUUAAAGCUAGUGUCCAGCUCUUAUUCAAAACUAAGAGGAGCUGUCAAUCCUCCCUGUCGCACCAGCAGGACUUAAUUGUGUUUUUGAAUUUCUGUUCAUAUUUUGAGAUAAAAGAAAAAUUUAUAUUUGUAACAUGUUUUAAUAUCAGUGGAUUUUUUUUUCCAACAAAUGUUUUAAGAUAAUAAGAUAAUUAGACACUUUGAUAUGGAUCAGUGAUCCAGUUAAGAGACGCCUUUAGCUGGAAACAUGUAAAAAGUAGGAGGACGUGUUAACAUUUGGAUACACCAGUCCAGCCAUUUUACCUUAUUGGCAGCCAGGUAGCCCAAACAGUGAAACCUCUAUCAGCCACAGCUCUUUCCAUUUGUAUGUCACCACAAAAUACUUAAAUGUGUCACUGUUUAUCCUGUGAAGCCAGUUUACUCUUAACUCCAUAGUGUUGUCACUAUGUAUUAUGUUUUGAGUUCAAGAUGAUACCAGUAGAUUCAAAAUAGAUUUGUAGUGCUCUACUUUUGCACUUAAAGUUUAAAUUCAAACUUGAACUUUUACACAUUCACAAAUUGGGUUGUUUUUUCAGGGCUUAUUGAUGUCAUAUUACUGUGUCGUAUGUUAAGUUUGAGACUAUGUGGAGCUGGCCAGCCUCUGCUCUGUAGUGCCUGGUCACUACAAACCUGUACCUCAAAGCACUAUUUUGUCUUCAGUGCAUUUACAGUAUAUUGUGCCAGCAGUUGCAACAAUUGUGUGCAACGUCUGUAAACAGUUUUAAACACAUUUGGUUUCUUUAAAUGGGCAUUUUCAUAUUUCUAUUGAACAUAUUGUAAAAUAAAUCACAUCUUGAUCACAUUUAAUCAAUGCCAGAUUUCAGCAGGGCAUGUGAGAACGUUGCACAUCUGAAUUAACAUGCUAGUUUCACAUACAAUAGCCACUGACCAUAAGGAUGCAGUGGACAUCUCUUCAGAAUUGCCACUAGGUGGUGCUCUGGUUCAACACCAAACUGAUGUCUGUAGGUUACCAUGUCAACACUAAGACUGACUGUGUGAAACAUCCAAUUAUGCUUCAGCAGUUCAUUCAGAGCUGAUUUUAAUUUGAGCUCAGUGGUGGUAUAUAUCUGAAAGGCAACCGCAUGUGCACUACUUGUGCUGUUGUCUCUAGUCGCUCUCUGAAGAGGUCUCCUUGUCCCAUGUCAGUGUGAAUUUAGUUUUGGUUCAGAUUCCAUAAUUUAUUCAUAAUCAUUGUUUAUCACUGCUGAGAACAGGUUGAUAUGACUGCCACUCUCAAAAGUGAGACCUCUCUGUAAAUGCUUUCUUUAUUAGUGAAGGAGCUACAAAAGUCUUUUACACCUCCUUUUAUAUAUAUUUAUAGUCUCUGAAAUAGGGGUUGGGCUGGGUCAUGUGUUCAAAAAUACACAAUAAAGCCUAUGGAUGAACAGUAGUUCUCCUUGGCUCUCUGUGUCAAGCUGAUGUCACUGCCAUCUGAAAAACUUUGGACAGAUCCAACUGAUGUCUUUUACUUUGUAAUAAAAUAUCAGUGCUUUUA